UCUUUCUAUGCCUAUCUCCUUCCUCCUUGCAACGCCCAUCUCAUUCUAUAUAUGUUUUAUACAUUGGUCAUGGGCAAAUGGCAAAAUUAACAAAAAAUCGAGGAAGGAGUAGGUUUUUCAAUUGUUGUAGAUCACCCUUAGUUUUCAACGAUGACACCACCAUAAUUAAACGGAGUCAUGCAUAUAAUUCAAAAGAGCUAUCUAAUUUGAAGCGUGUAAAAUCACAAGAAAAGUUGGAUACAAUGUUGGGAAAAGAUUUCACCAAUAUUUUUCGACAGAGUCGAAAGGAGAACGUCUUUGGCAGGAGUUUCUCUCAUGCAUUCAAAAAUGUGUUUUCUGAAACAUCAUUGGGGAAGAAAUGCCAGAGGCCUAAGUGUUCAUUUGGAUCAUGUAAGAAGUUGUCAACAAAAUUGGAGAAGUUAUUUCAUUCUAUGAAUGAAAAAAAGUCUUCAUCAAAGGACUUAUCAAAUAUUAAUAGGAUGUCCAGAACAAGCACGGAUGAUUUUUCCUUAUUCACGACUUCAACUGCAUCCUCUUCAUUUUCUUCGUCUUCGUCUUCUUCUAGUGCAUCUUCGAGAUCUUCAUCGCAGAGAAAACAAUUCCCGUCUUUUCACAGAUCACAAUCGGUGAACAAUAUACAAGUUUAUGACAACAUAAAAGAAAAAGAAAUUGCCCUGAGUUACAACAAGAAUGUUGGGACGUAUUCUCUUUUAAUUUGUUUAGUGGUUAUGAUCUUUUGCGGGAAAGUUUUUGCCAUCAUUUGCACUUCAACGUGGUUCUACUUUGCUCCUCGUUGUUUCAAACGCAUUGACUCGUCAAUUAAAGGACUUCAGUACUCAUGCUCAUUGGAUAAUGACUCAGAUGAGUACAAGAGAAAUGCUAUCGUGAAAGAGGUUUUUGAAAGAACCCAUAAUCGGUUGUUAUAGCACAAAAAAGUAGUAUGUAACUUUGUAGGGCUAUUCUCCUAUCCGUCCUAUCCUUUUUUUUCCUUUUUUUUUUUUUUUCUGCUUUUCUUUUUCCAUUAUGUCAUGUAAGCCUGUGCAAUGGAAUGGCCUUAUUUGUCAUAUCGUAAAUUGUACAAAAUGUUACACAAUGACAAAAAGAAGAAACAAAAAUUGCAUAUGUUAUACUUCUCAAUCUUUUCAUCGCAAUUAAUCGCCCUCCGUCCCA